CGUUGGGCUGUGCGUCGCCCAGGCGGGACGGCGGCCCGAGGCCUAGGCCCGAGUCAGACCGGGGACCGGCGAGGAUGGACGGGGAGAGGCGGCCCGCGCCGGGCCCGCCCGCCGGGAGCCUGCUGGCCGACGGACACCUGGUGCUGUGGACGCUGUGCUCGGUGCUGCUGCCGGUGUUCAUCACGUUCUGGUGCAGCCUCCAGCGCUCGCGCCGGCAGCUGCACCGCCGGGACAUCUUCCGCCGGAGCCAGCACGGGUGGCGCGACACGGACCUGUUCAGCCAGCCCACCUACUGCUGCGUCUGCGCGCAGCACAUCCUGCAGGGCGCCUUCUGCGACUGCUGCGGGCUCCGCGUGGACGAGGCCUGCCUCAAGAAGGCGGACAAGCGCUUCGCCUGCAAGGAGAUCAUGCUCAAGAGCGACGGCGGCGGCCCCGACGCCGCCAUGCCCCACCACUGGAUCCGCGGCAACGUGCCCCUGUGCAGUUACUGUGUGCUCUGCAAGCAGCAAUGCGGCUGUCAGCCCAAGCUCUGCGAUUACAGAUCUGCCUCACUGCUAGCUUCUAAGUUUGGAAAGCAAUGGACCCCAUUAAUAAUCCUGGCCAACUCUCGUAGUGGAACUAAUAUGGGAGAAGGAUUAUUAGGAGAAUUUAGGAUCCUGUUAAAUCCAGUCCAGGUUUUUGAUGUAACAAAAACUCCCCCUACCAAAGCCCUGCAACUCUGUACUCUUCUUCCCUAUUAUUCAGCUCGAGUGCUUGUGUGUGGAGGGGAUGGGACUGUGGGCUGGGUCCUGGAUGCAGUUGAUGAAAUGAAGAUUAAGGGACAAGAGAAAUACAUUCCACAGGUUGCAGUCCUGCCUCUGGGAACAGGAAAUGAUCUGUCUAAUACCCUGGGUUGGGGUACGGGUUAUGCUGGAGAAAUCCCUGUUGCACAGGUCUUAAGAAAUGUAAUGGAAGCUGAUGGAAUCAAACUAGAUCGAUGGAAAGUUCAGGUAACAAAUAAAGGAUACUACAACCUAAGAAAACCCAAGGAAUUCACAAUGAACAACUAUUUUUCUAUUGGACCCGAUGCUCUCAUGGCUCUCAAUUUUCAUGCUCAUCGUGAGAAGGCACCGUCUCUGUUUUCCAGCAGAAUUCUUAAUAAGGCUGUUUAUUUAUUCUAUGGAACCAAAGAUUGUUUGGUACAAGAAUGUAAAGAUUUGAAUAAAAAAGUUGAGCUAGAACUGGAUGGUGAGCAAGUCGAGCUGCCUAAUUUGGAAGGUAUUAUUGUUCUGAAUAUUGGCUACUGGGGCGGUGGCUGCAGACUCUGGGAAGGGAUGGGAGAUGAAACUUACCCUCUAGCCAGGCAUGAUGACGGGUUGCUGGAAGUCGUUGGUGUGUAUGGGUCUUUCCACUGUGCUCAGAUUCAGGUGAAACUGGCAAACCCUUUUCGAAUAGGACAGGCGCAUACAGUGAGGCUGAUUUUGAAGUGCUCAAUGAUGCCAAUGCAAGUAGAUGGGGAGCCGUGGGCCCAAGGACCCUGCACUGUCACCAUAACUCAUAAGACACAUGCUUUGAUGCUCUAUUUCUCUGGAGAACAAACGGACGAAGACAUCUCUAGUGCUUCAGAUCAAGAGGACAUAAAGGAAGCUGAGUAACUGCAUAAGGAAAUGAACUGUUCUGCUAGCACAGCAUCUGCACAAAUAUGCAGAUGCAUGCACAUCCAGAAGUAGAGCUUCUCCAGCUGCUAUUCAGUCCUAAUUUUCCUCAGAGUACAAUGGGCACACAUUUAUGUAAAUAGCAUUCCCAAACAACCAGAUGUCCUGUAACUACAACAGCUGUUCUUUUUUUCAACAAGAUACUUUGAUCAUAUAUUACUAACUUUGAAAACAUCACAGAAAGUUACAUGGAGACAAAAUGCUUUUGAGAGUGGGGCUCACUGAAGUUUGUUUGCACUGUUUCAUUCCGUACUGUUGAGCCACACAUUUGAUGGAAGGAUAUGAGUGGAAAGAUCAUUUCCCUCUUAACUUUGAAUGGUAACACUUUACCAUUAACUUGGAAAUGAUGUCUGUUAAACCAGCAAGGUUAAGAUGGGGCAUCCUCCUGUAGCAUGCCUCUUCAGAUUUCUCACAGCCCAAUCUGAAUGGAUCCAGGAACUUCCUGAAGGAGCAAUGUCAAAGUAUGACAAUUCUGAAAACUUCUGAAGUCAUUUUUAGACUCUUGAGAUGUUUUGUUAACCCUCUAAAUAACCAUGUUGAAUUGAUAUUCAGGAUCCUUUUUUUUUCUUUUCAGUAGUACCAGAGAUUGAACUCUAGUCCUCAUGGAGAAGGAAUUCUAGGCACGUGCUCUACCACUGAGCUAUCCCCUCCCUCCCCCAACAUCUUUUUUUGUAUCCAAAGAGAACUAUCCUGAGUGCAUGCACUAGUACCACAAAAAAACAGAAAAAAAGAAAAACUGGGUAGGAUAAUUGGUCUAAAAUAAGAUUGAGAGCACUUUUUUAUAGUGUCACUGGAGGUCAAGCCCAGCUGUUCCUAUGCUAGCAUUGUUCAUACCACUGAGCACCCCAGCCAAAGAUUUAGAGCACUUCAGGUAUAACGGUUCUCCAAUUUUUCUUGAUUGAAAGGCUGUGCCAACAAUGAAAAAACUAUAUGCUUAAAGGAACCUUGCCAGUCAGAUUAGUUGCUCAGAAAAAAAAAAAAAAGUUCAAGGCUGAUGCAUGUUUUUAGCAUUCAGUGAUCUUGUAGUACUUUGAAAUCCAAUAGUUUUUUUUCUAUGUGAAGCACUUAACAGAAUUUCUGCCUUGGGGAGGUAAGUGGACAGAAACCUCUGCUGAAACUUUAUAUAUUUAUUUUAAAAUGAGAUAGAGAUAUAUUUUGAACUUAUUUAUUAUUUACCUGUGGCAUGAUACUUGUGUUUUUGUUUACACAUAUCAUACAGCUUUAUUUAAUAAGUUCAACUGGUCACAUAAGUUCUAGCCACCAUCAGAUAAAAAUUUAUUCUUUUGACCAAGUAACUGAAAUUAUUAUUUAAUUCUGACAAGUCUUUUGUGGCACUGAUAAACUUCUUUUGGCAGGUUAACUGCACUUUGUUUCCCUGCUGAAAGUCAGGCAAUUCUAUGACUGUCCAUUAGAGAGUGCUCUUCUGCUGUUUUCAGCCAGCCUGCUUAUACAGUUAGGCACACUCAGUGGGUGUCCAAUUUUGUUUUUCUGACAAAUGCCAAUUUGUAAGCUUGGUGACCUUUCAUGAUUUUAAUCUCUAAAGAUGAUAAUUCAUUCCCCAAAACAUGUAAGGGGCCAGUAUGAAUGUAUUAUCCAUGAAUUGCCAUGAAUUUUUAUUUGAGUCACCUCAGGCCCAAGCAGUGUUUCAAAAAGGACCACUUAAGUAGUAAGGGGUAUGUUACAUUAAACGGUUUAUCUUGCUAAGUUAACUUCUUCCAGAUCUCCAUAAGUCAUGCCAAAUUCUAGUCUGGAAUGAUUUUGAUAAGAAAGUUGUUUUUGGCUUUUUAUAAAGCUUUCGCAGGGAAUAUCCACGGUGGUGGUGAUGGAACAAUUUCAUGGAUUUUCUUUUAUGAGCUGCUUAUAUUUUCAGCAAAAUCAAGCUUUUCAUUUGUGAUCAAAAUUGUUAUAUAUAUAUAUAUAUAUAUAUAUCAUUGUUAAAUUCACUUUGCCAAAGGUCAUACCUCUGAUUGGUAAUGCUAAUUUGUAGUGGAAGCAAAGUAAAUAAUUUAGGAUGUCAAUAUUCAUAUAAAACAACUACAUAGUUUUUUUUUAACUACUGAAACUACUGUACUGUAUUGCUACACUGGAUUUAGAACAAGUUCAUGUACAUAUCUAUUUAUUGAAACAAUUAUUUUCAAUUAUAAUCCAAUGAAGUGGACUCUUUCCCCCUACUGACCAUUAGGUUUUUCUGUUGUCUUAUUCAUUUGUUCAGAUUAGUUUUUAUUUAGGAAAAUUAUUUCAGAACACUAUGUCAUAAAUCAUACCAUUAUUUUAGCAAAAUUUACUCAUAUUUUUAGGUAUUAGUUUACCCAGCAUUGCAGAUAACUAGGCAUGUGCCUUGUUUAAAUAAAUACAGUUUGUAGAACUUCAUGUUUGCAAGUUACAUAUUAAGGUAAUAAUUGUUUAUAUGACCAGUAACUCUUUAUGAAAUAAUUCACAAGCUUUUGUCCCAUUUCAAAUUGUCCUGAUAUUAAAAAAAAUAACUUACAUUCUCAGGAAGAAAUGUUUGAAGUAAAUUAUACGUCUUUGUCUUCACAUUUCUCUCAUCUUUCACUAGUCCAACACAUUCCUUCUCAUCAACAUAGUGGCUUCAAUACUGAAUACCUGGCAGCUCUUACAGAUCUCUUAGGUAGAUGAUGAAAUUUUUUAGUGCUUUGUUAUGGUUAAUGGAAGUCAGAGACUUCUGUUUAAAAUAUAAGUUGUAAGAUUAUGUAAUUUUAGGUUUUCUGAAACAACUAGCUAUGAACUCUUAAUGUUGCUAAUGUUUGUAAAAAUUUUAUAGUUCAAAGUAUUUAUUUUUAUUUUUUUAGGGUAUGUCAAAAACAAGUAUUUGUUUUUUGAAAUACAUUUGACAGCUUAGAUUUGUAAUAUAGACUGUGACUCAGAAAUCACAGACCUUUUUGUGCAGUAAAAGUGAGUACUACCAGCAUGUCAAAAGACAAAUAGUUUGCAUUUGUAAUAGAAAGUAAAAUUGUUUCUCAUGUAUAUUAUGCAAUUUUUAAUUUGCACUAUGUAGGUGACUUUAAAAGUUAUUAAUUUACAUGCUAAUAUAGGCCCAAAUACAAAAUGUGGCCAAAAGAGUCAAUAGAAAAGGUUUUGUGUAUGUGUUUUUUUUUCUUCAAAAUAAUGAUAACUGAAGCAAAAACCAGCACUUUAUGUUCAGAAUGUUUUUGGGGAAUGAGGUUAAUCUGUUUUUUUUUAAAUUCUACCCAAUUUAGGACAAUGGAAUGUUAAGUAAAUUUAUUUUUUUAAUUUAGAAAUUCAAAAGAAAAAAUAGUUUUUUUUUACUGUCCCAAUCUGAUGAAGGUCCCUGUUCCUCAGUGAGACAGAGUGGCUGCUCUGGUCUUGCCCCUCCUCCCUCAGAUCAUCCCUGGUUCACAGGGUGUUCCCUGCAGGUGUCUGUAGCUUCAGUCAGGCAAGCAGGAUUCCUGAGCCCACUCUUGGCUUAAAGAAUCGUUAUCUCUGGAGGUAGCAAACACCCAGAAGCUUCCAGUGCUCCUGGAACUUGAAGGCUGCUGCUCCAUACCUCAUAUGUUCACCCAGGGCUUUGCCAGGGCCAUAGUGGCAAAGAUAAUUGAAUGUUCUUAAAGUUGUUUUUCCUUUACCCUGCUAACUGUUCUUUCCUCUCACAAUCAUUGUCCU